AUUGGUCUCAGGUGCGCGAAUUGUCGGCUCGCACACCGGGGAUAUUGUGGUGGUUGUGUGAGCGGCUGGGCUGUAAUAUUUACGUUGUGCUGUCUCAGGCCGUAUUUGAUCUACACGCCAUGCAUAAUCUUAUCGUACUUACAAUCUUAGCUUUGGUAAAACAUUCCUGGUCUUAUAUGGUUACUGUCGACGCUCAUGCGGAGGAAUGCUUCAUGGAGAAAGUAACAUCUGGAACCAAACUCGGCUUGGCAUUUGAAGUAGUGGAAGGAGGGUUCUUGGACAUUGACAUCAAGCUGAUCGGACCUGAUGGCAAGACAGUGUACCAACAGGAGAGAGAAAGCAAUGGAAGGUUUACUUUCCCAGCCCAUAUGGAUGGUGUUUUCACAUAUUGCUUCGGAAACAAGAUGUCAACAAUGACUCCCAAAAUUGUGAUGUUCUCCAUGGAUCUGGGGGAAGGAGACAAGAAGGAUGGGGUCGAUGGCGAAGCCAGUCACAACAAGUUGGAAGAUAUGAUCAAGGACCUGGGUGCGGCACUGACGGCUGUGAAACACGAACAGGACUACAUGGAAGUGCGAGAGAAGAUACACAGGGCUAUCAACGACAGCACCAACUCGAGGGUCGUCAUGUGGUCGUUCUUCGAAGCCUUGGUGCUCGUGGCAAUGACGAUGGGCCAGGUGUACUAUCUGAAGCGUUUCUUCGAGGUUCGGCGAGUGGUGUGAAGAAGUUACUUGACUUGAAGAUUGAGCCUUUUGAAUUGGGUGUGGUUGGGGUGGACGGCAAGUAAUGAGGCGUUUGACUGGUGACGCAUGGCUUGAUCCACUCAAGCAGCUUUGAUGUGUGGUGCACUUUCAGCCGUUGUGCGAUUCGGAACGCUGAUAUCGUCUAGGUGAGGGCGGAAUGGAGUCUUUCGGUCCGUUGUGGAACGCUGGCGCGUUGCGUGUUCCGACCGUGGAAAGUGCGUACGGUUGCUUAUUUAGACGAACUGCCAGCAAGGAAAACGGUCGGUGGUGAGUUGUGCGCUGCUUGUGUUCGAUUGGUAUUGGGUUGCAUAUUACUUGUAUUGUUGGUGCAGCGUAAGUCAAGUCCGUCAACCCGUAAAUUGAAGCUUUGUGUGCUCCCCAGUGUUUCACCGCAUUCUUUCAGCUCCUUUUUCUGGAAGCGCGUCCUUCCAUCCAGAAGUCACAAUGGUGGGAGUUUAGCCAGGAAUUAUCGAAAGUAUGAAAAUUACAAGUAAUAAAAGUCAUGUUUUUCGGCGCUUAUCCAA